CCAGUGAGGUCACUGUCUGAGCCUAGGGCUUGAAGGGGGAGCAGGAGGAGGCUGGGGAAGGGGUGGGGGCUGCCCCCUUCUCUUGGACAGAAUCAACUCAUUGUGGGAUGGGCUAUGGCCCUGGGUACUGCCCCCACUCCAUUUCCCCCACCCUUCCUCACCCACAUUGGACACAAUGGGGGCUGUGUCUGGCCCCAAAGGGACCUUUAUUUCAAGGACCCUGGGGCAUAAGGGGGGGGGGUGAUAAAGAGUUGGGUGCCCCUAGAAGGAGGAGCAGAAAUGUAAUUCUCCUUUCCUUCCUCACCCUCCCCACAUGGAAAAACUAGCUACCUGGAAAAAAAAAAAAAGAAUCUGAAAUAACAGAGGGUUUGGCCUGGUUAACCCCUUACUCCUUAUACCUCACGGGUAAGAUCUCCCAAUGUCUAUUGCCCCCUCCUCCAAUAAUUUUGAAUGUAUGAAAGUCCAAUAUCCAUCUGCCUUCUCCUGCCCUGUAUUUUCUGCCCCUGCCAUUCCUCCAAAGGACCAGGGCAAACAAGACAAGGUUCAUCUAGGCCACAUCUGACUCUCACCAGAACCCUUACUCUAGACAAAGUAAAAAGUGCUGCAUGAGGCUCCCCAAAUCCUGAGCCCUUCUCCUUCUCCUCCUAACAGUAUGCUCAGGGACCCUCAAUGGACUGAGUGUGACCGGUGAUGCUGAAAACCAGUACCAGACACUGUACAAGCUGUAUGAUCGAUGUGAGGUGGUGAUGGGAAACCUGGAAAUUGUGCUUACAGGACAUAGCCCUGACCUCUCCUUCCUGCAGUGGAUCCGGGAGGUAACAGGAUAUGUUCUAAUUGCGAUGAAUGAGUUCUCUACUCUGCCACUCCCCAACCUUCGUGUGGUACGGGGGACCCAAGUCUAUGAUGGGAAGUUUGCCAUCUUUGUCAUGCUCAACUACAACACCAACUCCAGCCAUGCCCUACGCCAGCUCCGCCUCAAUCAGCUCACAGAGAUCCUGGCUGGGGGUGUUUACAUCGAAAGAAAUGAUAAACUUUGUCACAUGGACACAAUUGACUGGAGAGACAUUGUGAGGGACCCACAGGCUGAGAUUGUGGUCAAGGAUAAUGGCAAAAACUGCCCCCCUUGUCAUGAGUCCUGUGGGGGGAAAUGCUGGGGUCCUGGACCAGAAGACUGCCAGACACUAGGGGCUUCUCACUGCUGAUCAUGAAAAAUGUGAAUGUGACAUCCUUGGGCCUGAGGUCCCUGAAAGAAGUCAGUGCUGGGCGUGUCUAUAUCAGUGCCAACCGGCAGC